UGAAGACAACGUUAGUGUCAAAUUGAAACACAUUUUAUAGAGUUCUUAGUGAUUACGAUCUUAGUUUAGUGAUAAUGUGUUUUUCGAAAUGGAUAACCCAUUUUACCAAGCAGUGUUUCGUGACGUCAGGCGUAUCAUUGAACCUUAUGUCCCACGGCCUCGUCGUCGGCUUUACAUCUGUGCUGUUACCUCAACUUAGAACCUCAGGCUUCAUUCCUCUUGAUACUGCCUCAGGCUCAUGGAUUGCAUCCAUCAUUAGCAUCGCCAUGGUCGUCGGGGCUUUGACUCUUCCCUUCAUCAUGAACAGCCUAGGCCGUAGGGCUGCCAACCUCAUCAGCGUCAGCUUUAUGAUCACCGGCUGGAUCAUCAUCCUCUUCGCCACCAGCGUGGCAACCCUGAUCAUCGCCCGGUUCCUCCAGGGCUUUUCCAUGGGACUCUCCGCUUCCUUAUGCUCUGUUUUAAUCGGCGAAUACACCAGCCCUAAGAACCGUGGAGCUUUUUUGACAACUAUAUCUUUAGCUAUUGCGUGCGGAACUCUAGUCACUCAUGCUCUUGGUUCUUAUUAUACAUGGGAAGUGAUAGCUCUCGUAUGCGCAGUAAUAACGUUUGUUAAUUUAAUGAUAGUGAUGCAUUCUCCUGAAUCUCCAAGUUAUUUAGUUUCUAAAGGAAGAUAUGAUCAAUGUAGAAAAACAUUUCAUUGGUUAAGAGGGUAUGAUGAAGAGGGAGAAUUGGAUAAGAUGAUCAAAGCGCACGUGUUGAACCAAUUAGAUAAUAAUGAAAAGCAAAAGACUGAAAGUAGACUUCAAUACUAUAUAAAAGUAUUUAGAAGAAAGGAGUUUUAUAAGCCAUUGAUUUUGGUCAUGCAUUUGUAUAUGAUUGGGCAAUGGUCUGGCGCUAAUAUCUUGGCAGCAUAUACUCAGGAAAUAUUCCACACGAUCGUAGGAGAAGUAGAUGUUUCAUUAAUGAUAAUCUCAAUGGACAUUCAAAGAAUAUUAUCCAACUUCUGUGCAGUUUUUGUCAUUCGCAGAUUUCGCAGAAGACCAAUGCUUAUCUCUACUAUUAGUAUUAAUUUCCUAUCAUUUCUUACUAUAGGUAUUUACACUUAUUUUAAGUCUAAAGAUCUUUUGCCUUAUGAUCAUCCUCUAAUAGGUAUAGCUCUUAUCCAUGUACACAUGUUUUCUAUAGCUACAGGAUCAGUACCUUUACCAAAUAUAAUAGCAGGUGAAGUUUUUCCUUUAGAAUAUAAAGGUUUAGCAGGAACAUUAUCCGUACUCUUUCUAUCAUCGAAUCUUUUUGUUACUUUAAAGUGUAAUCCGUUUUUCUUCAAUAGUUUGGGUCUUCAUGGGACAUACUGGUUAUAUUCUGGGAUGAUUGGGUAUAGUUUGUUGGUGUCAUGGUGGAUGCUUCCAGAGACUAAGGAUAGGACUCUUCAGGAUAUUGAGGAGGGUUUCCGAGGAACUAGCAAAAACCAGUCGGCACAGACUGCUGACCUGAUUUUAAAUAAGGAAUGAAUAUUGAAAUUAAGAAAGUUUUUGUUUAUUUCCAAACACUGUAUCACUACUAAGGAGUGAAUAUUAGUUAUUGUUAGAAUGUGAUUUGUAAAGAAUUGGAAGCCAAUGAUUGGUGUUUUAUAUUUCUACACUUCUAUGUACACCUAGUUCCACUGCCAAAUACAUAUAAUAGUGAUUUUG